UGAACAGUGGCGUAUGUUGUUGUGGCUGCGGCUGCUAACUGUUGUUGUUUGAUGUGAAAGUGUGCAAUGUUUUUAUCUUGGACACGGACUUUGGAGAUUUGAAGAAAGGGCUCGGUGUCGUUUGAAUUGAAGAGACUAGUACCACUGUGUUUAGCAUCUCUAAUGCAACUCCAGUGACCACAUUUUCUCAAGCUCCCCCGCAAGAGUGGUCGUCUCAACCUCAAAAUGGCGUCGGCUGAGCAACUGGGCCUAAACAAAACCUGGGAAUUAUCGUUGUACGAGCUCCAUCGAACUCCACAAGAAGCUAUCACAGACAACACGGAAAUCGCUGUGUCCCCAAGGAGCCUGCACAGUGAACUUAUGUGUCCUAUUUGCUUGGACAUGUUGAAAAAGACCAUGACUACCAAGGAAUGUUUGCACAGGUUCUGCUCUGAUUGUAUCGUCACUGCUUUGCGUUCUGGCAACAAGGAGUGUCCCACAUGCCGUAAAAAACUAGUGUCAAAGAGAUCACUCAGGCCAGACCCCAAUUUUGAUCUGUUAAUAUCAAAGCUGUACCCUUGUCGGGAUGAGUAUGAAGCCCAUCAAGAAAGAGUGCUGGAGAAGCUGCAGAAGAGUUCGAGUCAAGCUGCAUUUCUUAAUUCAAUCACUGAAGGUAUCAAAUUGCAGUCUCAACAUCGACAGCAGAGAACUAACAAGAAGUUGGUCAGUGAAAAUGAGACGCCAGUCAAUACCCCUAAUCCAAGUGCUCCAUCUACUCCUGUACCAAACCAGAACACCGACUCACAACCUCCGUUCCAGCCUCCAUCACAAUCUCAACCCCAAUCCCAAACCCCAUCCCAGCCCCAAUCUCAACCGCAACAACAGCCUCAACCUCCCACUCAAAUUCAACCUCAGACUUCUGGUCAAGCCCCCAGUCCUCACCCUCCCUCUCCCACUCCUGGAAGUUCACAAUCAUCAUCCUCUGGACAAAUGAAACCAGUGAAACGUGCGAAGAUUGCUAUAAGCUCUGAAAAUGAGUCAGCAAGUUCAAGCAUGGAAGCAUCUGGAGGACAGGACACUGCUACGGAAGGUGAAGGAACUGAAACCUUUGAUGAAGUUGAACUUGUUUUCAAACCGCAUCCUGUGGAAAUGUCGGACAGUCCAAUCAUGAAACUUCUGAAAGAGGAGGACACUGUCAGAUUCUUGAAAACCACUGCAAACGCCACAGUUGACCAUUUAAUCAAGUAUCUGGCUGUACGUCUAGCAUUGGAGCCCGAACCUGGAGCACCUGACCAGCUUACUUUCUGUAUUUAUGUGUCUCCAAAUCCUGGAUCUAUGGGGACGUAUACUAUGCUAAAUGGUUCAAACACACUUUAUCAAAUAAUAGAAAAACACUGGAAAGUUAAUAAACCCAUUGAAAUGUUCUACACAUGGAAAGGGAAUAAUCCUCCUGGAGCUUCUACAGAAUAAUGCAGAAUGCUAAUUUGUUUUAGAAAUUUGAUUCAACAUGAUUGUUUCACUGUCAAAAAGCCAGUACAUGAUUGUUACAAUGUCAAAAAGCCAGUACGUUUUGGACAUAAAUGAACAUGUCCCGAGAUAAAGAAAGUUUAGAGGAAACAAGUAGUCAACAAAUUUGUAGCACUUUUUAUUGAAAAAUUUAUUAUGAAUGUGUUUUUUUUUUCUGUGCGAUGUUUUUUGAAGCUUGUUUGUGUGGAACCUUGAACCUUGUGUACUUUGAAUGAUUCUCUCAUUCAAUUGAGGAUUGUAAUUUAUUUAUGUCCACCUAGAGCUUCGGAUGGCCUGGUGUAUUAGUUUAAGUAGUCUGUGUACUUUUGCAGCUAUGUGAUAAAUGCUUUAAAAUUUAUUUUGUCAUUGUUACAAUUUGGUAGAAAAUUGGAUGGGCCAAAUUUAAUAUAAUUGACUCUAUAAAUGCCCUGAGCAUUUGGCCUUUCAUGAAAAUGAUGAAUUUGAACACCAUAGGUGUGUUUGAAAUGGUGGAUUAAAGGCUUUUCUCUUUUUGAUAUGUUUUUGACUUUUGCCUCUUUUUGAGGUGUUUCAAUUUCUUAAUUGUUUAAACCUAGAAAAGUUUGCUGAUCUACCUGUUUUAUCAUGACUAAAUAUGCUCGGUUAUGGUUAUUAACAUGUUAUGUCACUGUACAAUCGUGCUUUACUUUCUUUAUUUAAAUUAAAUUGCUUAUACUCUUUA